UGUUUUUGUUUUAUUAUGCUAUGUUGCUCGGGCUCUUUAAAAAGGUCUUGGGUGCAUGUUGGAUCCUUCAAAAAUAGUGCAUUUUUGGAGGAUCCGGCACGGGUGCUGCAACAUUCUUGAGAGUCUGAGCAAUUUAGUCAUUAUGUUGGAGUGAUGAUAUGUUAUUUGAGUGUUUGGUUUAAUCAUUAGACUGUUAGUAUUAUGUAGCGCAUAAUUCUUGAACUUGUAAAAGAUCUGAUAUUGAUCCUUGUAGAGUUCUGAAUGCUUAAAAGAUCCAAUUUUGUGGGAUGUCUCAGAAGGGACUUCUGAGUUGUGUUGCUCGGAUUCUUCAAAAAUGUCAACGGGUGCGUGUUGGAUUCUCCAAAAUUAGUUUAUUUUUGGAGAAUAUGACACGGAUGCAGCAUCGGAAGUGAAGAAUCUGCACAACUUAGCUUCUGAGUGCUUAAAAGUUAUGCUGGUUUCAUAUAGUGCUGGAUCUGCAGUUAUUUGAGUGUUCCCAUCUUACCCCUGACUCGGGGGAACGCAAGCUUCAUCAGAUCUCACGCUACAUUUUGAUUUAGUUGAUUUCAGCUAAUUUUUAGAUUGAAUUUGGCGUGAAAUGGUUGUCAUGGAGAGAGCCUUACAUUCUGAGAGUGGUGUGAGGAGGAAUCUUGGAGUUCAUGGUUGCAAUGGCGGGCAAAAACUCGGGAGAUAAUAGGACUAGGACUUCUGUAUCAAUAUUUAUAGUAGCUGGUCUAUGCUGUUUCUUCUAUUUACUUGGAGCAUGGCAAAGAAGUGGUUUCGGGAAAGGAGAUAGUAUAGCUCUGGCAGUCACCAAGACUGCUGAUGAGAAUUGCGAUAUACUACCAAAUCUCAAUUUUGAAACUCGUCAUGCCGGCGAAGCAGGCGGUACUGAUGAGUCGGAAGAAGCCGAGGAACUCAAGCCAUGUGAUCCUCAGUACACCGAUUAUACACCAUGUCAAGAUCAAAAGCGUGCUAUGACUUUCCCAAGGGAAAAUAUGAACUACCGGGAAAGGCAUUGUCCACCUCAAGAAGAGAAGUUACACUGCCUUAUUCCCGCACCUAAGGGAUAUGUUACCCCGUUUCCAUGGCCAAAAAGUCGGGAUUAUGUUCCCUAUGCGAAUGCUCCAUAUAAGAGCUUGACAGUUGAGAAGGCCAUUCAGAACUGGGUUCAGUAUGAAGGUAAUGUGUUCAGGUUCCCAGGAGGAGGGACACAGUUUCCUCAAGGAGCAGAUAAGUAUAUUGAUCAGCUUGCUUCAGUUGUCCCUAUCGAAAACGGGACAGUUCGGACUGCUUUGGACACUGGUUGUGGGGUUGCAAGUUGGGGUGCUUAUCUUUGGAAAAGGAAUGUCAUAGCAAUGUCAUUUGCCCCAAGGGACUCACAUGAAGCUCAGGUUCAGUUUGCUCUGGAAAGGGGUGUACCUGCUGUUAUUGGUGUACUAGGAACCAUCAAAAUGCCAUAUCCAUCUAAAGCCUUUGAUAUGGCCCAUUGUUCUCGUUGUCUAAUCCCAUGGGGAGCUGCUGAUGGAAUCCUCAUGAUGGAAGUUGAUCGAGUUCUUAGACCUGGAGGCUACUGGGUGCUUUCUGGACCUCCUAUCAACUGGAAAACCAAUUAUAAGGCCUGGCAACGCCCCAAGGAGGAGCUUGAGGAAGAACAGAGGAAGAUUGAAGAGGCUGCUAAACUUCUUUGCUGGGAGAAGAUAUCUGAGAAGGGUGAGACUGCUAUUUGGCAGAAAAGAAAGGAUUCUGACUCAUGCCGUUCUGCACAAGAAAGUUCUGCAGCCAAAGUUUGUAAAUCUUCUGAUUCAGAUAGUGUCUGGUACAACAAAAUGGAAACAUGCAUAACACCUAACAAUGGUAAUGGUGAAGAUGAGAGUCUAAAGCCAUUCCCUGAGAGACUUUAUGCUGUUCCCCCAAGAAUUGCUAAUGGAAAAGUUUCUGGAGUGUCUGUUGAGGAAUAUCAGGAAGACAACAAGAAAUGGAAGAAACACGUUAGUGCUUAUAAGAAGAUCAACAAAUUCCUAGACACGGGAAGGUACCGCAACAUUAUGGACAUGAAUGCUGGACUAGGAGGUUUUGCAGCAGCACUGCACUCUCCCAAGUUUUGGGUUAUGAAUGUUAUGCCAACAAUAGCUGAGAAGAAUACUCUGGGAGUUAUAUAUGAACGGGGACUGAUUGGCAUCUAUCAUGACUGGUGUGAAGCAUUUUCUACAUACCCAAGGACAUAUGAUCUCAUUCAUGCUAAUGGCCUUUUCAGUUUAUACAAGAACAAGUGUGAAUUUGAGGACAUUCUCUUAGAGAUGGACCGUAUUUUGCGUCCAGAAGGAGCUGUCAUUCUUAGAGACAAUGUAGAUGUACUGAUCAAGGUGAGGAAGAUAAUUGGAGGCAUGAGGUGGAACCUCAAAUUGAUGGAUCAUGAGGACGGUCCCCUUGUUCCCGAGAAAAUACUGGUUGCUGUCAAACAAUAUUGGACUCUUGGUGAUACCAACUCCACGUCCUCGCAAUGAGAUGCCACGGAAGAUGUUGUCUGACCAUUUGAACUCGUAUGGAUCAGGAAGACCAACAUCUUAUGAAUACAAAAUCCACGGUUAUGCAAAGAUUUCACCGCUAGAAAUUUUUGAUCGAGCAGGGUCCUUGAGAGGAGGCUCCUCGGCGUAUCUUUAGUCUUGAUGGAUCCAUAAAUUAUACCAGAUGAUCUUGCCUUUUUUUUAUUGUUUUCAUUUACUUCUCUGUUCCAUGUCUCGUUAGAUAGCGACUCUAAAAACUGAGCAACUUGGUAUUCUUAUGAAGCUUUUCGAAAGUCCUUAGGAACACUUCUUCCCUCGAUAUACACUGUAAUGUUGUUCAAUUAUAGUGGAACCUUUGGACAUGGA